GAAUCAAUUCCUUAUGGAGAGAAACUCAUCAUCUCUUCUUCAGAUACAACCUCCCACUUUUGGAGACCUAAUUACCAUUCUCAGUAUUGAUGGAGGAGGUAUAAGAGGGAUCAUUCCAGCUACCAUUCUUGAGUUCCUCGAAUCGCAACUUCAGGAAUUGGAUGGUGAGGAUGCAAGACUUGCCGACUAUUUUGAUGUGAUUGCAGGGACCAGUACGGGUGGUCUUGUGACAGCUAUGUUAACAGCUCCAGAUGAUAAGAAUCGUCCUCUCUUUGCUGCCAAAGAUAUCAAGCCCUUCUACCUUGAUCACUGCCCUAAAAUUUUCCCACAGGAUAGGGGCAUGUUUGCUUCCAUUGGAAAACUGUUCAAAACUAUGACAGGACCCAAGUAUGAUGGGAAGUAUCUUCAUAGCGUUAUAAGGGAGAAGCUAGGAGAAAGGAGAUUGAAUCAAACCCUAACCUCUGUUGUCAUUCCCACCUUUGAUAUCAAGAACCUCCAGCCUACCAUCUUCUCCACCUAUGAGGUUAGCCAUGAUCCCACAAUGAAUGCUAAACUUUCAGAUAUAUGUAUUGGAACCUCUGCAGCUCCAACAUACCUUCCAACCUAUUACUUCAAGAAUGAAGAUAAAGAUGGGAAUGUAAGAGAAUUCAACCUCACUGAUGGUGGUGUAGCUGCUAAUAAUCCGGCUUUGUGUGCAAUUGGUGAAAUCACCAAGCAGGUAACUAAGAAAAAUCCAGAUUUCUUCCCUAUCAAACCCAUGGACUAUGGCAGAUUUCUUGUCAUCUCCAUUGGAACUGGUGUAGCAAAGAUAGAACAAAGAUACAAUGCUAUUGAUGCAGCAAAAUGGGGUUCUAUGGGAUGGUUAUUUAAUGAUGGCUCAACUCCAUUAGUGGAUGUGUUCUCUCAAGCAAGUGGAGACAUGGUUGAUCUCCAUCUUGGUGUUGUCUUUCAAGCUUUACACUCUGAAGAUAAUUACCUAAGGAUUCAGGAUGAUACAUUAACUGGGACAGUAUCUUCAGUUGAUAUUUCUACCCAAGAAAACUUGAACAAUCUUGUGAAGGCUGGUGAGGAGUUACUGAAUAAACCAGUUUCAAGGGUGAAUUUAGAGUCUGGUAACACUGAACCUGUUAAAAAUGGUGUUACCAAUGCAGAGACUCUUAAAAAGUUUGCAAAAUUGCUCUCCAAUGAAAGGAAGCUUCGUGAGCAAAGAUCACCCAACACUAAAGUUUGGAAAUAAUUGGUGCCAUACAAGUUAAUGAUAU